UAGCUUGACGGAGUGAGCAUGAUCUCCCCUUCCUUUCCGGUUUUAUCUUUUGCAAAAUUAUACGCUUGUGAGCCGGCAUGGGCAUCGUGAAAAUGCCAGGUAUUCGACAGCUCCAAUCGUACUUGGUAUGUCGUUCUUACGCUACUAAAACAUUCAAACACAGAACUGUUUCGGAACUGCGAAAGUUGAAAAAUAAGGCACAUGCUACUGUUUCGAAUCCCAAGGACGUAUCAGUCGGAAAAAAUGGAGGGUCAAAGGAAAUCACAGAGAAGGUGCAAUAUCCGAGUUAUCAACGUGUGGCACCCACAGGAAAAUUUGACGAGCAGACAAAGCAGUACAGACACAUUAAAGAGAUGGUACCAGAAUUCAUCGUUCCAGAUCUGAAAGGUUUUAAACUGAAGGCGUACGUGCCAUGGGGAAUUGACGAUGUGAAGCAGUCUGAGUUCACACCCAGGGAUCUGUUUUUCGCAACAUAUGCCAAGGACAUUAAGACCGACUUUGAAGAUAACAAGUUGGAGCUGGAGGAUUCAAAGAAAGACAACUCUUGAUGUCUGGACUAAUGUUAUGCUGAAUUGAGAAAACAUAAAUCCUGGUGUCUAGUUUCACAGUGACUCUUGCCCCUGAGAGAGCUAGCAGAUUGGCUUCAUUCACAAAGCAUUUCGGUUGAGGUGGUCUUUCGGGCAGAUUACUCUCGAUGGUGAAAGGGCCAGGAUCAGGAUCUUUUUGACAGCUGUGAAAGGGGGACCUGGGUAUUCAUUUCUUUGUUUCCAAAUGAAAUUUUGAGGAAUGUCUGACCCAAGUCGUUUUUUUGUUGAUAAAUUGUACAUACGUUAAAUAUCCUCAUACACUUAAUCCAAAAAUGUGUUAUGCUAGAAAGUGUACUUGAUAAGGCAUGUCAUAAUGACAUUGUACCAGAAAACAUCUUGAUUGUUUCUUAUAGCUUCAUUUAAAAAACAAUAAAAUACUUUUGCAUUCUUAA